AUGUCUCCACCAACAAUUAAGACAGCCACGCAACGAGGGCCUGUCACUAACAAGGCCGAACGUGAAGAUGCUUUAAAGAACAAAAUCAUUGAGCACCUCUGCCAACUCACUUUGGAUCCCGACUUCAAGAACGCAUCGGCAACUUAUAGUCAGGUCAAAGAGCAACAGGAGCAAAUCCGGACUCGAGAUGAAAAGUUGACCAGUUUGCAAAAGGACAUUAAAGCUCAAAAAGAUAGGGAAUCGGUUGUGAUCAGCACAUUCUCCGCAGUGAAUCAGGACCUGACCAUCCAAAAGGAAACUGCAGAAAAAAGAAUUGUUUCCCUCCAAAAAGAAAGUACAGAAAAAGAUAAAUCUUUGGCUGAGAUCUCUCGAAGAAUUCAAGAACUUCAGCGCCAGCUACAAACGCAGCUAUCGGAAAGAUCUCAGGAUGAAAGAAAGAUCAACUCAAUGAUUGCACAACACAACCUUGAAAUUGAUUCUUUCCAGAGAAGGCUCAAAGAAAGAGAUGCAUCGAUCGACAAACUGAAGGAAACCGACACAAAGCUUACUAGCCUCCUUGCUGAAGAAAAAGCGAAAAGUGGGUAUCUCGAACAAGAAAAGAAGUCGCUCGAUGAAAAGUUGCUCCAGGCUCGCAGUCGGCUUGAGAAGUUCGACUCCUUUAUCCUUAAACAUCACCAAAUUGAUGAGCAGACAAUGUAA